AUGGUGGUUGAAUCCCGAUUAUACGAAUUGCUAUGCGUCCCGGUAGCAGCUACCGGUGACGAGAUCUCCAAGGCAUAUAAAAAGUUGGCUCUAAAGUACCAUCCGGAUAAGAAUAAUCAUGAUGCUGUACUAACAGAAAAGUUCAAAGAGAUAAGUAGAGCAUAUGAGAUUUUAAAGGACCCUACACAACGUCGCAUUUACGAUCAAUACGGAGAAGUAGGUAUCGAUGGAUCAUAUUCUACCAAUGAAUCUUCAAAUCAUAGUAAUUCCGUAAAACGUAGGCGACAAGCUUAUGGUGAAUCCGGAUCAUAUAAUGGCAUUCCACAUGAUAACGUUUGCUUUAAUAGUGCAACAAAUAUUUUUUCACAAGUUUUCAAAGAUAUAAACACUAUGUUUAGUGAGAAUCCAGCCUUCCAUGCCCUCAAUGGUUUUGCCUCAUUUCCCGAUUUCCAUGGUCCUGAUUUUGGUGCUGCUGCUCAACAGCAAACCCGAGCAACAGGUUAUAAAAGAGAAGUAACACCUGCAGAGAGCCCCUUAAGACAAGGGAAAGAUAUCCACCAUGUAUUCAAAGUUACACUCGAGGAUCUUUAUUAUGGGAAAAUUGUCAAGUUUCGUUUACCUCGUACUAACAAAUGUUCAUAUUGUGACGGUGCAGGUGGCCUUAAUCCACGUACUUGUCGAACAUGUCAAGGGUCGGGUCAAGUUAUUGUGACAACUUCUAAUCAAUUUUCAAGGUUUAGUGAAUUAUGCCUGUGCAAAAGUUGUAAAGGAACUGGAAUAUUUGUUAAUCAACAGGAUAGAUGUCAACACUGCAAUGGAGGUUAUGUUCUGGAGCAAAAAAUUAUUCAAGCUGUCAUUGUUCCGGGAUCCCAAGAUAAUGAUAAGAUCGUGUUGCGAGGAGAAGCUGACAGAGGACAUCAUAUUGUUCCUGGUGACGUUGUAAUACAUCUUAAGGAAACACCUCAUCAAUACUUAAUCAAAAAAUAUAACGAUCUUUAUAUGGAACAUGAAAUUGAUCUUAGAACGGCUCUAUUGGGUGGUGAAAUCAUACUUCCUAAUUUUUUGCGAGAAGACAACCAUGUUCGAAUACUUGUUAAUGCUCAUGGAAUUUCUUCUAUUAAUCUGCCAAUGGAGAAGUCUAUAAGUGAAGGAGAAAUAGUGGGGACAAUAAAUCCUGGGGUUCCAAAGAUUGUAAGGGGGUUAGGCAUGCCAAUUAAUAAUGCUGAAGGGGUUCAUUAUCAGAAGCUUGAAGAUUCUGAAAGUACAAAGAAUGAAAUUCUUGAUCUUUCAAGAUAUAAGAAAGGGAAUUUAUUCAUAAAGUUUAAUAUUAAAUUGCCCUCACUAAGUGAUUUCGCUAGAGGAGAAGCAGAUUUAAUUGAGUUAGAAAGAAUAUUACCAAUCACUACGCCUAACACUGUCCCAUCUUCAGGGUAUGUUGUGACAUCGCAUUUGGCUAAUUUGCCAACAUUUUCACCAACAUCAAGUAAAGUUCGACCAGCUGAGAGAAUACGACACGAAAAUGAACCAACUUCAACUCCACCUCUAAUGUCCAAUUCUGGUGGACCUGCUCGAAAGUUACCAACAUUCAUCAAAAAAGGAGAAACUCUUGGUGAAGUACCAGUUCCACAUAUGGCUCCACCUAGAAAUGUGAGAGUACCAACGUCACAACAACGUACAACAAGUGCUGAUGAAGCUUACGAACAUCAGAUAAACGAGUUCAACUACAAUGAUAUUGAUAUAGAUGAUGUGGGAGUAGACGGUGCCAAUUCUGCAGAUGAAGAAGAAUUUUAUAACAAUGAGUGGAGCUAA